UUGAUGUGUGCGUACUUCGGGCGCAGCGUCAGUAGGCCCGCUUACAGCCAUAUUGAAUCUAGUCGGUUUUUAGAUGCAAGCUGUGUCGACCAUGUUUGUUUUUUUAAUACGGUUAACAGAAAAUUUUAUGUAGUUUUCUCACCCAAGGUAUUAUUCUUGACAGUCAGAACGCUGGAUUAGAAAUCAACAUGUACCGUGAUCGUACUAAGGAACGCAGUACUGGGGGGGCGAUGAGUCGCGGUUUGUCACAACGCAAUUCACCGUCCACAAGGGGUGGCAGUGGCCCUAAGCCUUUAGUAGCUCCGUUGUCUUCACGGCCUGAGCCCCCUCCACCACUUCCCGUCCGAAGAUUUUCACCCACAGAAAGGAUUCCACGAGGAAGUGUGCGGCCCGACUAUGUGCUUACAGCUACGGGGUCUGCUGAUUUUUCGUCGAGACUCCGUGAACAACAGGCCGCGGAAGUGGCUCGGAGAUGCUCUCCUGACCAUCCCCCGCCUACACCAUCACGAGAUCAGAGUUCAUGGCUAACAGCUGGUGGUGAUCAUUAUGGAGCUGCCUCUUCAGGUGGAAGAACCUUAUCGGAUCAUGAUCUUCUCUCAUCACCCCGGCAUCCACUUAGUGAUGUUCCCAGGGAUGAAAUCGGUGAUGGGUCUCUCUUCACAAGAGGCUUACCAGCAACUCACUGUCUUGGACGAUAUUCUUCAGCUGAGGAAGACAAGCUGAGCAGUCAGUAUGAUUCCAUAAAAGAUCAGGAUUUUAUAACUGCUAAUCCACUGAGUCAUGGAUCAGAUUAUGAUGUACGUUAUCCAUCUCAAGGGGAGAUGUUAAGAGGCAGUGCAGAACAAGAAAUGGAAAAGCGAAGGAAGAGCCCGACUCAAAGGUCUGAUGACAGAAAUAGGGAAUCCAAAUGGUCACGUUAUGAUAGUGACCAGGAAGAUGGGAGCCAAAGCAGGGACAGCAGGAGUUACAGCUCAGAGAGGUCUCAGAGUUAUAGGAAAAGCCGCAGUCGAAGUCGCAGUCGAAGUAGAGGGCGCAGCCGAAGCAGAGGGCGCAAUGGAGCUCGGAGCCGUGCUCGAAGCCAAGCUAGUGGCCGUGUCCGGAGUCAUAGUAGGGAGAAGAGUCGAAGUAGAAGCAGGAGUCCACUUCAUGCUCGCCAUGAUCAGUUUCGUGAACUAGAACUUGCUCGAAAGAGAGUACAGGAGAGAGACAGGGAGGCAGAUAGGGAGGCAGAAAUGGAAGCCCAGACACGUCUUGGUACUAGCAUGACUGGUUUGAGUAGCCAGGCAAAGCUUUUGCAGAGUGGUUAUCUCCUCCAGAGACAGGAGGAGGGCUUGCCUUUGCCAAAAAAGUCAAUUCUGAAAAAGCGUAUGGACAGCGAGUCUGAGACGGUAACUGGGAUGCAGUAUGACAGUUUCCGUGGUGGAGGUAUGCAGCAGUUGGAUCUUCCUUCUCUGGUGACUCAGUUGGGAGUCCCUCAGUAUGGAAAUAACUUAUCAGCAGAUGUACAACAGUUCUUGAAGCAACUUCUUGGGUGUGCAGAACAGGGUCUCCCCUUACCACUUCCAAAAGGAUCUCAGCGUGUGCCAUCACCAGUAGCUUCUCAGCAUAAUUAUGGUUAUCACACUGAGAAUAUUUUUAACAGAAGUGAUAAAACUGAAAAUUCUGACUUGGCUGGUAUGGAUUUCCUACUCCCACAUGAGCGGGCCACUCAAGAUGGAAGUGGAUUUUCUCGAAUUUUGGGUACAAUGGUUAGUUCAGGCAGUAUUACACCAGAUAAGAAAAAACGAAGUUUUCCAGAUAUUGAUGAUGAGGAGAAGUUUCUUUAUGGUGAUGGAGAUGAUGAGCCAGAGACUCCAGCACCCGUGAAAAAAACAGUUCUAGAAAGUGCAACUGCAUCAGUAAGUGAAAGAAAGUCAUCUACGGAUACUGCUGAUAACACAGAUGAUUCUUCCAAGAAGUAUGAAUAUAUACAAGAUUUGUUAAAGACUAUUGGACUUGACAUUGGAGUGGACGAAAUUAGCAAGCUUGCUACCCGUACUGAGGAACGACUGCAUGGAAAGAAACCGUCUGUUUCUGCAAAGGAGCAUUCUUCAAAACAUCGUAGGAGAGAUGCACAGCGUAGGAGAAGCAAGUCAAAGUCACCAGAGGCUAAGCGUCGCACUUCACCUUCCCCAUCUAAGUCUGUAGUGUCAGGUGAGAAGACAUCUAGUCUGAAGGCAGAAUCUAGUUCAAAAUCUGCAGAUAAACCAGAAACAGCUGAAAAGUCUACAGGUAAAAUGGAACAGGAAUCUUCUCUUGUACCGAGUACACCGUCACCUUCUGUAUCUUUGCCAUCUGCCCCUACAUCCAUUCUGCCUCCAUAUCAGAUACAGGGCUAUGCACAGUUUCCUGCUACUCAGCAAAACUAUUCCCAGCAACAGACAGCUAUGACUGCAACUUCAUAUGAUGCAUAUAGACACUACCUGAACUACCCUCCCCCAGGGUGGCCGAUUUAUCCCCCUUCUGUUCAUCAGGGGUCUCAAGCAGUGGAAGAGUCUCCCAGUUCCAGUCCCAGCCCUAGUGGAGGGUCAGCCAUUAAAGUUCGGCCCAACCUUCGUGUGAUUCAUACUGUUGCCACAAAAAAAAAUUCUCAGGAAUCUAUCCAUGAGGAGACAACUACAGAUAAAUUGCACCAGUCCCCCACCCUUGUAGAAAAGAUGUCUGAUGAGAGAAAUCGGGCUUCUCAGAAACAGAAGGUUGCAGAAGAAAGAGAACAUUUAAAGAAGGAGAAGGAGGCUCGCCAGAAGAAGCUGGAUUAUUUGCAGACUGAGUUAGAUAGACUACACAAACAGCAAGGGGAAUUGCUGAGGAAGAAGCGUCGGGAGAAGGAUGGGCACAAAGAUCCUCUGCUAAUUGAGGUAAACCGGCUGCAAGAAAACAUAGCCAAUGAGAUUAAUCAAAUCCGCAAAGAGAGUGAGGAGGCCGAAAAGAAGCAGUCUGAGCUUGAUAAGGUUGCACAGAUCUUGGGACUGACCAUCUCUGAAAGGCCAAAAAAAAUCAUUGUUGAAAAGAGAGAAUCCUCUUCAGAGAAGUCAGCCUCCAGAAAGGACAGAAGAAGUCCAGAGAAAUCCUCCUCUUCUGCUAAGCAAUCUAAAGCCUCUACAGAGAAAAACUCCAAGCCUCCAGAAGCUGCAGAGAAAGUCCCAGAUAUCAGUGGCGAUCGCUAUGAUUAUUACGACUCUGGGAAUCACUGGUGCCAGGAUUGUAACACCAUGUGUGGAAUUAUGUUUGAUUUUUUCACACACAUGCAUAGCAAGAAGCAUCGUCAGACACUGGAUCCUUAUAGCAGACCUUGGGCAUCCAAGAACUCGAGCCAAAGUAAACGUGAUUCUGUGAAACGCAGUGAUAAAAUAUCACUCCCUGCUAAAGGUUCGGAGUUCUUGAUUCCAGUUACGGGUUAUUAUUGCAAACUUUGUGAAUUGUUUUUUGGAGAUCAAAUCUGUGCUGAACAGCAUGUCAAAAGCCACAGUCAUAAUGAAAAAUAUAAGAAAUAUGUAGAAGAAAACCCUCUGUAUGAGCAAAGAAGAAAUUUGGAUCGCCAGGCUGGCUUAGCUGUGAGAUUAGAAGCGGAGCGCAAACGUGCUGCUGAACUAAAGCGAAAGAGAGAUGAGGAAAAAGAGAAAAAUGAAAAGGAAGAAAGGCAAGAAAAAAAAGGGAGGACAGAAGAAAAUGAGAGAGCAGUUCAGUCAAAUACAGAUGGCAGUAUAAAUACAGAAAGAAACAAGGGGGAGUCUGCAAAUGCAUCUGCCAGUCAGAAUAAGAAAACAGAUGAGUCAAAAUGUAAACCAGCAACUCCUACCUUUGGAGCAUUUAAGUGGAAGAAGUCUGAUAAAGAGGAUGAUAAAAGUGUUACUUUAAAUACUUUAAAGGAGGAAAGCAAUGUUAUUAAAGGCAAAGAUGCAAAAGCACAUGAAGUAAGUCAGCCUGCAGACAUCAAACUCCAUGGUAAAAUGGCUUCAGUAUCCCCAUGUUCCAUGACCUCUGCUUCUGGCACCGCUACAAACCAAGCAAAAAUAAGUGCUUCUGGCACCGCUACAAACCAAGCAAAAAUAAGGCCCAAUUUGCCUGCCCCCACUACAAUAUUCAGGAAAAGUAGUACUGUAAGUGUGAAUAAGCCAGCACCCUUGAACACAUUUUUAUCUAUAAAAUCUAGUGGGACUUCUGACAGACCAUUGCCUUUUGUGAAAACCAGUAACAAGGAAGAGGUUAAAUUGGUCCCAGAUGUAGUCUCUAAAGCACUUUGUGGUGAGGAAGGGAUUUUAAAAGGGAAAAAUUCAGAGUCAAAAAGUGAAGCUAAAGUAAGUUCUGUUGAUUCUGCAGUGAAGCCUGUAGUUCCAACAGUGCAGAGUGCAUCACAGAUUUCCACUGCAUCUGUAAAGAAUGUGGGUACAGUAGUGAAAACAGCGACAUCAACAGCCAGGACUGAUGCUGCAGUAGUGCAGGCAACAGCCAUGGCAAAGCCUACUGCUCUUGCAAAGCCUGCUGGCACAACAGUGCAGACAGCAGCUAUAGCAAAGUCUACUGCACCUGCAAAGAUUUCUGCCACAGCAGUGCAGACAGCAGCCAUGGCAAAGUCCACUGCACCUGCAAAGAUUUCUGCCACAGCAGUGCGGACAGCAGCCAUGGCAAAGUCUAGUGAACCUGCAAAGAUUUCUGCCACAACUGUGCAGAAAGCAACCAUAGCAAAGUCUACUGAACUUCAAAAGAUUCCUGCCACGGCAGUGCAGACAGCAACCAUGGCAAAGUCUACUGAUCCAGCAAAACUUUCUACUACAGCAGUGAAGACAGCAGCUACUGUAAAGUCUACUGAACCUGCAAACACCAUUGCAGCAGCAAGGCAGGCUGCUACACCUGUGAAAACUUCUCCCCUAAUUGUGAAAGCUGCAGCAGGUUCAGCUUCAGCUACUAAGACAGCUACUCCACUCAUAAAGUCAGCAGUUCCUGCAGUAAAGACUUCUGUUAUGGCAGGGCAUUCAGAUGAAGUAGCACCUGGUGUUUCAGAGAGUGAUAACACACAAGUUAAGGUUGUGCGUCCGCCUCCUGUGGCUGCAUUAAUCAGUGCACAGAAAAAAAAUGAUAAGCCAAAAGCUUGCCUAUCUGCUGCCAAUGCUAAAGAUCUUUAUAAUAUAUUUUAUAGUAGUAGUAGGGUAUGUCCAACAGACCUUAAGUUUGGAAGUCUGCAUUUCAAGCCUUCACAAGAGUUUCGUGGGGGACUUGCAGCCAAAACUAGUCCAAAUGUGACUGCUAAAGCUAAUGAUGUGGAAGGUGUUUUACAGAACAAUGCCAAUAAAAGUUUAGGCUCACCUCACCCUCCUGAACAGAAUAGUUCUGAAGUUAAAACACCAGCACUAAUUCUUUCUGAAGUGGAGACUAAGACAGGCAUCAUCAUACCUGGUAAUGAAUCCUUGGAAAUGGCUAAGGAAAUAAAACGUGAAGAUGAAGUAGUUCCACCUAAUUCUAGUUCGUGUACAACACAAAGUAAAGUCGUUAAGGAUCCUGUUUAUUUUGGACCCCAAAUAGUUUUAGAGUCUGCUUUCCCUUAUGAAGGAGAAUUUAUCUUUGAAGGGGUCCGGAAAAAAUCUGGUAGUGUAGUUGGUCCAAAGCCUGAAGUAAAAGCCGAAGGUGGUGGUGUAACAAAUGCAGUCUCGAAGGCUAGUACAGGCACAGAUGAUGUAGGUUUGACAAGUCCUCCAGAGUUAGUUACAUGUGCUUCAGAGGUUUCUCAGGCAUCCUCUAGUACAUCAACAUUUAAGGAGGAAAAUAAAAAUGAUGUAAAUCCUAGGUCAUCUGAGUCCAUUAACACAAAGACUGAUGUAGGUAAUGGGCACAUAAAUACAGCCUUGAAGGCUAGCACAGGCACAGAUGAUGUAGGUUUGACAAGUCCUCCAGAGCUAGUUACAUGUGCUUCAGAGGUUUCUCAGGCAUCCUCUAGUACAUCCACAUUUAAGGAGGAAAAUAAAAAUGAUGUAAAUCCUAGGUCAUCUGAGUCCAUUAACACAAAGACUGAUGUAGGUAACGGGCACAUAAAUACAGCCUUGAAGGCUAGUACAGGCACAGAUGAUGUAGGUUUGACAAGUUCUCCAGAGCUAGUUACAUGUGCUUCAGAGGUUUCUCAGGCAUCCUCUAGUACAUCCACAUUUAAGGAGGAAAAUAAAAAUGAUGUAAAUCCUAGGUCAUCUGAGUCCAUUAACACAAAGACUGAUGUAGGUAACGGGCACAUAAAUACAGCCUUGAAGGCUAGCACAGGCACAGAUGAUGUAGGUUUGACAAGUUCUCCAGAGCUAGUUACAUGUGCUUCAGAGGUUUCUCAGGCAUCCUCUAGUACAUCAACAUUUAAGGAGGAAAAUAAAAAUGAUGUAAAUCCUAGGUCAUCUGAGUCCAUUAACACAAAGACUGAUGUAGGUAACGGGCACAUAAAUACAGCCUUGAAGGCUAGUACAGGCACAGAUGAUGUAGGUUUGGCAAGUCCUCCAGAGCUAGUUAGAUGUGCUUCAGAGGUUUCUCCGGCAUCCUCUAGUACAUCAACAUUUAAGGAGGAAAAUAAAAAUGAUGUAAAUCCUAGGUCAUCUGAGUCCAUUAACACAAAGACUGAUGUAGGUAACGGGCACAUAAAUACAGCCUUGAAGGCUAGUACAGGCACAGAUGAUGUAGGUUUGACAAGUUCUCCAGAGCUAGUUACAUGUGCUUCAGAGGUUUCUCAGGCAAGUCCUCCAGAGCUAGUUAGAUGUGCUUCAGAGGUUUCUCCGGCAUCCUCUAGUACAUCAACAUUUAAGGAGGAAAAUAAAAAUGAUGUAAAUCCUAGGUCAUCUGAGUCCAUUAACACAAAGACUGAUGUAGGUAACGGGCACAUAAAUACAGCCUUGAAGGCUAGUGCAGGUCCAGAUGAUGCAGGUUUGACAAGUCCUCUGGAGUCAGUUACUUGUGCUUCAGAGGUUUCUCAGGCAUCCUCUGGUAUAUCAAAAUUUGAGGAGGAGAAUAAAAAUGAUGUAAAACCUAGAUCACCUGAGUCCAUUAACACAAAGACUGAUGUAGGUAAUGGACACACAACAAAUGCGGUCUUGAAGGCUAGUACAGGCACAGAUGUAGAUUUGACAAGUCCUCCGGAGUUUAUUGCAUGUGCUUCAGAGGUUUCUCAGUCAUCCUCUAGUACAUCAAAGUUUGAGGAGGAAAAUAAAAAUGAUGUAAAACCUAAGUCGUCAGAGUCCAUUGACAUACAGCCUGAAGUAGGUAACAAACAAAGUUCCAUAACAUUAGGUCAGUCAGGGGUCAACGAAAGUGUACAAGACGUUAAUCAUUCUCAGCUUAAAGAAAAUGUAGUCCUUAAUGGAAUGGAAGACCUUGCUGUGACAGGUGAACAGGCAGUUGGGGAUGUAGAGUUAUUACAAGAUCCUUUGGGUAUAUUAUCUCAAAGACAUAAUGAAAAUAGGGAAUCGAUUCAGUUGUCAGAUAAAGUUAACAACAUUGCUGACAUUAAAGCAGACCCAGACAUGACUUCAGCACAGUCUGUACAAAGCCAGAGUGAGUUUGAACAAUCUGAAUCCUCUAAGGAGUCAAACGAAGUUUCUGGUGUGGGUGAAAGUGCAGCAAAGGAAUCUGUAGUACCAGCAUGUGUCAAAAAAGCCAACAUUGAUUUAUUUAGUGAGGUACAGGAUGACUGCCUACUUUCUGCUAAGCCAAAUGAAAGUCUGAAACCCUCAAGUUCUAUUCAGUGUGAGAGCAGUAGUGAGGAAGUUUCCAAAUAUACCACUGAGGAAUCCCUUAAAGUAACACCUGACACCCAUGAUAUGGACAGUGUAGACACUAAGAUUUAUUCUACAGUUAGCCAGAGUAUGUCGGGCAAUGCAAAAUUAGAUCUUGAGAAUGAAAAAAAUGUAAGCGCAUCUUCUCUGUCAGAUAGUGACAGAUUGUCAGGCACAUUAAUAUUAGGUAGUGCAGAAGUUCAUAAUGACCAUUUGGAAUUGUUGGAAGACAGUAAAAAAGUAAUUCCCAGCUUAAGUGUGCAUGGUGAGGACAGUAGUCAGACUGUUUGCCUUCCUAGAGAGAGCCAGAAUUCCCCAAACACUUUAAAACUGGGAUCUGAAAAUGAAGAAACCUCACCAACUGUUGUAACAGACAAUGACUUAUCUGCCCAGUCAGAUGUUGGUCACGAGUCCCAAGACAUUUUGAUACAGACAGAACAGUCCUCAGAACCCUGUAAAGUGCAGCUUAGUGAAGGAAAUCAUAGUUUGUGUCAGAGCACCAGCAGAGAAAUAUCUUCCUUUUCAAGCAGCCAGGAAGCCCCAAACAAAUUGCAGUGUGAUACUAAGAAUGAAGAAUUAUUAUCCACAAAGUAUAACAAUAUGGAAGGGACAGACUUGUCCACUCAGUUUAAUGUUAGCAGAGAUCCCCCAAAUGCACCUUUGUCUGAUACUCUGAAUGUCAGUAAUGAAGAGACCUCAAAGUUGCCUGACAUAGACCCUAGGAAUGAAAUGCCCAUUAGGGGGGGCACUGAUUGUGACAUGAUUAUAUACCCCUCUACCACUAAACAUUUUCCUACAGACAUUCAGAUGUCAGAGGUAGAAGAUGAAAAUAAAGAUGGGUGCCUAGUAACUGAUGUGGAAAUGGAAGAUCAUGACCUGGCAUAUCCUGUCCCACCAGGAGAGAGACCCUCAGCCAGUUUAUCUUGCAGUGGGAAUGAAAACGAGGACCCUUUUCAUCCAUCUCUUGGUGAUAGUACCAGUGUUGUGGACACAAGUGAGACAGACUGUAGAAUAUCUGUAACUAAAAGUAUUCCAAGUACUUUGGAAUGCCACCUUGAAAAGGGAAAUGAUUCAUCUGUAUUGUCUGAUGUUGAAAUGGAAGAUGCCCAUUUACCUAGCACAUUGGCAGCAGUUGGCCAAGAACCUGUAGUUUUAGCACUAUCCACUUGCCAUACCUCUGGUACUGAAGGAUCUUCAGAAUCCUCUCAGGGGCAUUUUGAUAGAGCUAACACUGAGUUAGUACCCGAGUUUAGUGGUAGCCACAUUGCCCAAAGUAUGCAGACUUUACAGUCAGAAAAGGAUUCCUCAGUUACUGAUGUGGGGGAGAGAGAAACCAGUCGAAAUUGCAUGCAGUCUGUAGUUAACCUGACUUCACCAGGUGUUCAGUCUGAUCAGAGUGCAAGUACUAGAGAGUUUACUGUAGCUGGUGUUGAAAUGAUGGAUACCGAUGAAGACCACAGUCAUCUAGAGUCUGGGCAGGAAAUGCCAGACACAUGUCUACCUGAUUGUCAGGCUAAAACAGUGGCUGCAGAUAUAGACGUCACUGAACCGACAGCUGCUUUGUUGGCUGGUAGCCCAUGUGCUACUUCAGUUGAACCAGAAUUUAGUAAUGAAAAUACUGAAGAAUGUUGGCCAGUAAUACUUCAGGUUUAUAGCAGUACAGGUAUUUCAUCACUACAUGAGAAUCUUAACCCCCCUCAAGUUCAGGUACACAAAUUUAAUAGCAAACUUGAGAGAUCUGAAGAUUCUGUUUUGAGCCAUUCAAAGAACAGUGCUGGUGCUGUCUUAGAAACUGAGAGAACAGAAAACAAUGUUAAUUCAGUUAAGUUGGAAGAGGGUCAUGAGGCUGUAGCCAAACAUUCUAGCAUUCAGGAUAAAAAUGAGGAUGGUACAACAGUAACGUCUGUGCAGAUUGUUGCAACUCAUCCAUGUAGUGGCACAGAGACGAAAGACAUUUGUCCUGAAGUUAUGGAUGCUGGCAAAAGAGUGCUUCAAAGUGAAGCUUGUAUAAAAUCUGAGAGUGUAAAUUCUAGUAAUUUAGUACCAUUAGAUGGCACUUUGACUGGGUUAAGUAGUGAACCUGCAGAGAAUGUGGCACAACAGCAGUUUGAAAAUGGUGAACCUUCUCCAGAGAUAGUUAAUAUUACAACUUCUGGCUUAAGCAGUCUUGAGACUGAUGCACAUUUAGAAAAUGUGGACUCAAAAUCUAAGCAUGCACAUUUAGAAAAUGUGGACUUGAAAUCUAAGCAUGAGUUUACAGAUGCUGACUGUACUUUGGAGACUAAUAAUGAGGCUGUUAAUGAAACCGCUGCUGUAUGUUGUGUCCCCGAUACUGAGACCGAUACAAGCUCAAAAGUUGAGACAGUUCUUGCUACCUCAGAAACUGUGUGUGAGAAAAUGAUCAGCUUAAGCGCAGACAUUACAAGUAAGGGUGACACUUGUGAUACCCAGAAGGUAGGUGAUUGUGCAGGUAAUGACACAGAAACUAACACAAUUUGUGGCUUAAAUGCAGAACAACUGGCAUGCCCAGGUACUAAUCUGGGUAUUCUGGCAUCACAAGUACUGAAAGAUGAGGACUCGUGUGCCUCCAGCUCAGAAAAAAUGUUUCUGCACAUCAGUAGAUCAAAUGUAGAAUUGGUUACUGAUUGUGCAGUGACCGGCAUAGCAGACUUGGAUAUGCCUGUUAUCUCUCAUGUUUCUGAUUUCAGUGACUUGGCAGAUGGUAACAAAGAUGACAGUUCUGACACAGUGGAAAUGCCCAUAUUGAGUUACGAUGGGGAGUUGGCUGAAGAAGAGGAGCCCCCUGAAGAAAAUGCACAAACUGUAACAGAAGGGUCAGAUGCCAAAGAGCUUAAGAUGGUAACGGACAAACCUGAGUCAGCUGUGGAAGAUAAUAGACAUGAAGCAGAGGGAGAACUAAAUGAAGGUACCACCUCUGUGUCAGGAGCUGAGGACAAAAAAGAGCUGUGUGAAACAGAAAAUUCCACUGCAUGUGAAGAAACCUAGCAACAGACCCAUGAAUAAGGGUUGUAAAAUUCUUUUGUUUUUUGUGCACUAACAGAUGUUUUGUCCAAUUGAGAUAUAUAUUCUAUGUAUAUCUAUAUAUAGAGAGAUCAAUAUAUAGAUCUAUAAAUAGAUCAUCUGUAGUGCCUGUGUAUACAUGUAUAUAUUUAACAUGAAGAUGCUGUUUUCUUUGUAUAUAAAUUCUGCUUUUGACUGUAGAUAUAUGUUCUUGUAAAGUGUUCGUGAUCUCUAGUCUUUUCUUUAUAGGUUUUCUGUGUUGCGUCAGUUUUAUUGCUGAUAUGAAUCGCUCUGUAAUGCUUGUUGGUAUUUCUUUUUAUUUUUUAGGUUUUGUUUCACAAAGCAGUUUGAGUCGCUUAAAACAUUCCAUGUCAGGUUUAUGAGAAAAAAAAAAAGCCAAGCCCUUUCUGAAGUUGAAGAAAAAUGUGUAAACAGCUGCGUAAAAUCUGUAUUUUACCUAACAUGUUAAGUGAUCACCUUUGGUAGCUUAUGUAAGUUGCACAAAAUAAAAUUGUUUUUUUUUCCUGAUAAA